AUGUGUUCUGGUGAUGCCAUACAUCAUAUAUACCUUUCCAACAGCGAGGACUCAGUCGAGGAAUUACCGUCCCAGGAAGUAAUUUACUCACGACAGGCUUAUGGACAAACGCCAACGGCUACUAGAGACAUCGAGACAGCAACAAAGCCGAAUGGUGAUGAUGAAUCACCGCCGCCGUCUACAUCUUUCUCUGUAACAGAGGACAAAAAGAGGAAAAAGAAAACGAGUAGGAAAAAGAAAAAGGAGAAAGGGAGGAACUAUAAAUCUACGGACGAACAGACAGAACGUGCAUUUCCAGCUUUACAGGAGGUGGGUAGAAACGUUAAACCUACGGACGAACAGACAGAACGUGAAUUUCCAGCUUUACAGGAGGUAGUUAGAAACUAUACACCCACGGACGAACAGACAGAACGUGAAUCUACAGCUAUACGGGAGGUAGGGAGAAACUUUACACCUAUGGACGAACAGAGAGAUCGCGAAUCAUCAGCUUUACAGGAGAUAGAAAGAACCAGACACACAACCGCAACACCUAUUGAAUCAGAGGAGGUUAUGUAUGCUAGAAAUCAAAGACAGUCAUUACACCAGCAAACCGAAGUAUCGCAGAAUUGCACUGAUGAGUCAACUAGGACAAAGAAGAGAAAACGAAAGCGAAAAUCUUAUGCAGAUGAGGAGCCUCUGAUAUAUAUUUUUGAUUAGACCAACGGAACGAUAUAAGCGUUAUAGAAUUUUCUUGUCUUUCUAAUAGUUUCCAUUUGUAUAUUUUAACGUAAAUUCUGCCAUGGCAUCCAGGAUUAUCAUAUCGGAAGUGGACGUAUUAAUAAUGACAUCGUUUUAAAAUCAACGAAGCAUGCCAGGCUAAAUUCAUGUCGUUAGGCAUUUAAAGUAAAGUGUAGUAAUUGUGACAAUGCGAUUUAAAACGUUUUUCUUUUGAGUAACGAAACAGGAUCAUUUUGAAGUUAUUGCCCACAAACAUGAUAAAUAUAUCAACUUAUUGGGAGCAAUGCAUUGCGAAGAGAGAAUUUGUUAUUCAAUUAGCUUUUAGAUGACUUGUCUAAUGUAAUAGGUAUUUGCUGGUUCACUUUUUAUUAAUUUAUUUUACACGUAUUUUGCUUCUUUUUUAUUAAUCGCAUUUGUUUGUAUUUUAUCUAUAUUGAUACAUUGCUACAUGUGAUGCGGCAAUUUCAGGGAUUUGGCUCUCUGUUAUAUGUCAACAUUGUUGAACUCCAUUACUACAUGUAUAUACAAAGUUACAAAUUUGAAGGUGUCUUCUUUUAUUACAUAAUGCCUAUGCUACGCGUGAACUGCAUUCAACAAUUAUUUCUAUUUUUAGAAAUAUCACACUAAUCGAUAUCCUUUAUUGCAUUUCGUGAUAUAAGAAAGUAAAACUUCUAUUCUAGAAAAGGAUAUUGUGAUAGCAC